AUGAAUAUCCAAAAAGUCCUAGCUCUGAACGCCAUCCUAUUGGCUUCAGCUGUGGGAUUUCCAGUUGCCCACAAUGAGAGAAAAGCCAAUGGCCGCAAACUCCUCUUGAUCUCCUUUGAUGGUUUCCGGUGGGAUUACGACCAGGAUGUGGAAACACCAAACUUGGACAACUUAGCCAAGGAAGGAGUCAAGGCAAAAUACAUCACUCCUCCAUUUGUGACCAUGACUUCGCCUUCCCAUUUUACAACUAUCACAGGCCGCUGGAUUGAAGACCACGGAGUCAUCCAUAAUAUGAUGUUCAACACAGACACUUUGAGGAAAUACAGCUACAAGGAGACACAAAACAAGACAGAAUGGUGGGACAACGGAGUCCUGCCCCUUUGGAUCACAGCUCAGAAUCAGGGGAAAAAAGCAGCAUCUUUUCACUAUCCAGGAGGAGGAGGCAAUUUCAGUGGUCAGACGGUCACCCGAAGUCUGGUCGAAGCCUUUGGUCACCCAGACAGCAACGAAACCGAAUGGAGGGAGAACAUCGAUAUCGUCAUGAACUGGUUCACCAAAGAGGACUUUGAUUUUGUCACGCUUUAUUACGGGGAACCUGACAACACUGGGCACAAGUUUGGCCCAGAGACAACGGAAAGGAAGGAAAUCAUCCAGCAAAUUGAUCGAACCAUUGGCUACCUUCUUGACGUCAUCGAAAAACAUGACUUGAAGGACAACCUCAAUGUCAUCAUCACCUCCGAUCAUGGCAUGACCACGGUCAAAAAGAACCCAGAUGUCGAAGAGAUCAUGUUAGCCAACUACAUCAAAUUUGCGGACUUGAAGUUCGACAUUAUAGACUACGGCGGCUUUGGCAUGAUUCUCCCCAAACCGGAGAAAGAAGAGGAGGUCUAUCAGGCACUGAAAAAUGCCCAUCCUCAUCUGAAGGUCUUCAGAAAGGAGGAGUUUCCCGAACAUUUCCAUUACGCCAAACACGGACGCGUCUUGCCCAUCCUGCUUUAUGGAGAUCUUGGUUACAGCGUCAAUGGGAGGUUUAUCAUCUACGUUUACAAAGGAGACCACGGGUUCGACAAUCAAGACAUGGACAUGAAGACCAUCUUUAGAGCUUUCGGUCCAGAUUUCAAGAAGGGCUACUUAGCAGAACCUUUUGACAGCAUCCACAUCUACGCCUUGAUGUGUGAGCUUCUGGGCGUCCAACCGGAGCCCAGCAACAGUUCUCUGGCGUUCACACAAGGCAUGCUCCACUCCCCAGCAUCCAGAAACAUCCUUGUUCCCAUCCUUGUAGGCAGCAUGAUAGGCCUUCUUCUUCUUCUCUUCCCCAUUGUAUCCAUCACACAAAGGAUCCUUCAGCAGAAGAAGAGGCAAAAGGAUGACCGGCCUGAAGAGAUAAAGACAGUGCCACCAACCACCAGUUUGUGA